GGUGCCUCAGGCCCGCCCCUUCCCAAGCACUGGACCGCCACUUCCGGCCACCUCAGGCCUGUCCUCUUUUCUGUGCAGGUUUUGCUGUCUUUUCUGCAGGUCGUUCUGGGCCCUAGGUCCUGGCCUCUGAGCACCCCUCACUCGCCCCCAGCGGCUCGCUUUUCAUCCACAAUCUUUCCAAGGCUCGGAGCGACUCGGGCUGAGGCCUGCAGCGCGUGGCGAGUCCACGCAGACCUGACCCUGCGUGUCUCUGCAACUCCGUUGAGGCCACCGCCACCGCCUCGGGAUGCCGCGGCUGGGGUCCGCCGCGGUCUGUUGGGGUUGCAGGCUGCUCGUGCUGCUGCUACUGCUGCUGGUCCCGGAACCCGGCGGCGCCUCUGAGAUCACCUUUGAGCUUCCUGACAACGCCAAGCAGUGUUUCUAUGAGGAUAUCACGCAAGGCACCAAGUGCACCCUCGAGUUCCAGGUGAUUACUGGUGGUCACUAUGAUGUAGAUUGUCGAUUAGAAGAUCCUGAUGGUAAUGUGUUAUACAAGGAGAUGAAGAAACAGUAUGACAGUUUUACCUUCACAGCCUCCAAAAAUGGGACAUACAAAUUUUGCUUCAGCAAUGAAUUUUCUACUUUCACACAUAAAACCGUGUAUUUUGAUUUUCAAGUUGGAGAAGACCCACCUUUGUUUCCUAGUGAGAACCGAGUCAGCGCCCUUACCCAGAUGGAAUCUGCCUGUGUUUCCAUUCAUGAAGCUCUGAAGUCUGUCAUUGACUAUCAGACUCAUUUCCGUCUGAGAGAAGCUCAAGGCCGAAGCCGAGCAGAAGAUCUGAAUACAAGAGUGGCCUAUUGGCAUAGUGUGGAUACAAGUCAAAGACAUCAUGAGUCAGAUCCUAGGAACUCUAAAAUCCCCCUGUGUGAUGUUGCUGGGCAUAGCAGUACAGCAGAGAUGACAACAGGAGAGCAGCAGGGAGCUGAGGGAGUGGACGGGAUGUCUGACGAUGAAGCAGAAGAAGAGGUGUUCUUCAAAUUUGUGAUAUUGCAUGCAGAAGAUGACAUAAGCGAAGCUCUCAGAGUCCAGGAUCUGCUCCAAAAUGGGUUUGGCAUCAAACCUGGAAUAAUUUUUGCUGAGAUGCCAGGUGGCAGGCAGCAUUUACAGAAUUUAGAUGAUGCUGUAAAUGGGUCUGCGUGGACAAUCUUAUUGUUGACUGAAAACUUUUUAAGAGAUACCUGGUGUAAGUUCCAGUUCUACACAUCCCUAAUGAACUCUGUUAACAGACAGCACAAAUACAACUCUGUCAUACCCAUGCGGCCCCUAAACAAUCCCCUGCCCCGGGAUAGGACUCCCUUUGCUCUUCGGACCAUCAAUGCCCUGGAGGAAGACAGUCGUGGCUUCCAUAUACAAGUUGAAAGAAUUUUUCAGGAGUCUGUGUAUAAGACACAACAAGCUAUAUGGAAAGAAACGAGAAAAAUGGUACAAAUGCAAUUUAUUGCCUGAGAUGGUGCACAGAACACAUGGCUGGCUCUUAUAAAACAAAGGAUUUAUCUUCACUUCAGAAAGCAAUUUCCAGGAAAAGGUUAAAUAAAAGAGAUCCUGUUCUAUAGGAACCCGUGGAGCACAAGGAAAAUGAAUUCCUGCCAGACAAUCAAAGAAUUGUGGUAUUUUUUGAUGUUUCAGUAAACUUGAGAAUGUCAGAGUUUCAAGAACUUUUCUGUCACAGUUUUCCUAGUUCAUGAAUAUGACAAAGGAUAUUUUCAAUUCAUAGUCCUUGUGUUGCACUUUGAACAAAAAAAAUUAUAUGAUAGACAUUUUAAAAAUAUAACACUUUUCACCCU